GACCUGUUUUCAGACGGCUCACUUCUACAUUGAAGACAGCUCAUCACCCAGAGUCAUCACUACAGCUGUAUUAGCAUCUGACGAGCAGACAUCUUUCCCGGUGAAAGACUUUGUGAAACACGUGUCCCAACUUCACGACUCGCUCGGCUUCCAGAGAGAGUUCGAGGUUCUGAAGGAGAGUUACGAGGAGGUUCUGACAUGCACGGUGGAGAUGGGGAUGACGACUGACAGCUCCAACCAUCCCGACAACAAAAAUAAAAACAGAUACAGCAACAUCCUGGCCUACGACCACAGCCGCGUGCGCCUCACUUCGCAGACGGACAAAGACGGGAAGACGACAGAUUACAUCAACGCUAACUUUGUGGACGGUUUUAAGAAGCCACGGGCGUACAUCGCCGCUCAGGGUCCUCUGAGGUCGAGCACCGAGGACUUCUGGAGGAUGAUCUGGGAGCAAAACGUCUGCGUCAUCGUGAUGAUCACCAACCUGGUGGAGAAAGGGAGAAGGAAGUGUGAUCAGUAUUGGCCGGUGGAGGUGCAGGAGGAGUACGGAGGCUUCGUGGUGACGAUGAAGAGCAGCCGGGCGCUCGCCUACUACACCCAGAGGACCUUCACCCUCAGGAACACACAGGCCAAAAAGGGCUCCCAGAAGGGCCGGAUAAAUGAGCGCACGGUGACUCAGUACCAUUACACCCAGUGGCCCGAUAUGGGCGUCCCGGACUUCGCUCUGCCGCUGCUCAGCUUCGUCAGAAAGUCCUCCAGAGCCCGGACGGAGGACAUGGGGCCACUGGUGGUGCACUGCAGUGCUGGUGUCGGUCGGACAGGAACGUACGUGGUUCUGGACAGCCUGCUGAAGCAGAUAAAAGACGAACGCAGCGUCAACAUCACCGGCUUCCUCAAACACAUCCGCACACAGAGGAACUACCUGGUGCAGACAGAGGAGCAGUAUGUUUUCAUCCACGACGCCCUGGUGGAGGCCGUCCUCUCCGGAGAGACGGAGGUUUUGGCGUCUCACCUGCACAGGUACAUGGACGAGCUGCUGACCCCGGGACCUGCAGGGAGGACACGUCUGGACAAACAGUUCAAGCUGGUGUGUCACUCCGCAGUGAAGCAGUGUGACUUCUCUGCAGCGCUGCAGGACUUCAACCGCUGCAAGAACAGGAGCUGCUCUGUGGUUCCUGUUGAGAGGUCACGAGUGCGCCUGUCCACGUUGGCUGGAGAAACAUCGGACUACAUUAAUGCUUCGUACAUCACAGGUUACAGGCAGAGCAGCGAGUUCAUCAUUACCCAGAAUCCCUUGCCUGACACCAUAAAGGACUUCUGGAGGAUGAUUUGGGAUCACAACGCCCCGGUCAUCGUGUCCCUGCCGGGGGCGGGCCAGACGGAGGCGGAUGUGGAGCAGAGUGCCAUCUGGCCCCGUAAAGGAGCCCCGAUCAGCUACCAGAUGUUCACGGUCUCCCAGAGGAGUGAGAACAACAUCUGUCUGACCAACGAAGACAUGCUGGUGGUGCGGGAGUUCGUCCUGGAAGCAACUCAGGAUGACUUCGCUCUGGAGGUGAAACAUUACAGCGCCUCCUGCUGGCCGAACCCUGACAGUCCCAUCAGCAACACCUUCGAACUCCUGAAGCUGGUGAGAGAGGAGAACGCCGCCAAGGACGGACCCACCGUGGUGCACGAUGAUGUGGGAGGAGUCACAGCCGGGACGUUCUGCACUCUGUCCUCUCUGGUUCAGCAGAUGGAGGUCGAAGGGUCGCUCGACGUCUUCCAGGCCGCCAAGCUGACAAACCUCAUGAGACCGGGGAUCUUCAGCGACGUGGAGCAGUACCAGUUCCUGUACAGAGCCAUGCUGAGUCUCAUCGGGACACAAGAAGACGAGGACACUCUGAAUUCCUCCGACAACAACGGGACGAUCGUGGUGGGAAACGCCAGCACCGCCGAGAGCCUUGAAUCCCUCGUGUGAUCGCCCCAAAACACACAGAGAACUUUAAAGGAGAAACAGCCUUUUUAUUAUCCUUCCUCCUCAAACACCAACCCUGAUGCCAGACUAAGAUAAAAAAAAUAGUUUGAGGCCGAGAGAGAGUGUCCUCUUUUCGCUGGAUCUGGACUUUUGUAACGUGUGCCUUUUUGUAUUUUUCAUCCUGUACUUUCUAACUUUGUUACAAGCUGUAGACUAACUGUGCGCUUUAUUAUAACGCUCUCACACUAACACACUCUUCCUAAACGUUUUGUAUUUAUUGGCACUGAGCCAAAUGGGAUAAAAAAGGGCAUCUUUUUACAUUAAAUGAGAUAUUUUGUUAGCUUGUCUUUUACAGAGCUCCUGCACUGAACUCCUCCUCUGUAAAUACCAUCGCAACGGUAGCAGCAGUGUGCUAUUGGAUGAAAUAAGGGCCUGGAAUAAUACAAAAUAAUAAUAAUCGAAUGUAAAUAAUAUUAUAGUAAUCAACUCGAUGGACCAAAUUUCUAUUUAUACUUUUAGAUUUUUAUAUUUGACCAUUUUUAGAGCGCUUUUCAAAUGUUAUGGUUUUAAUAAUAAUUGCUUAGUUGGAGGACAUUAAUGUUUUUAUAUUCUGACAUUUUGUAACAGACUAAAUGUGAUGCAUGGGAUACUGACAUGUUUGUUUUUUUAGCUGGACAUGAAACACUGCUGGAUUAUUAGAUAGGGCAUUAAAUACGUGAAAGAACACCAAAAA